AUGCGCUCGCUCUCAUCUUGGAUACCAUUCCGCAAAGCAAAAAAAUCAUCUGCCGCGGUUGACAAGCAACAUCUGCUGGCACUAAUACGAGAAGACUCUUUGCUAGAAUUUGUCGUGAAACUGCCUACGAAGAUUCCCUCAGCCCCAGCACCAUCCCACUCCCCUUCUAGGAGACGAGAUAUCGCUGAGAUGUUGGACGACGAUAAUACCUCCUGGGUCUACCCAAGACAGACCAGGUGA